GUAGGACCAACGGUUCCCACUGCUUCUCUCCUUACACAACUGUUUGUCUAAAUACAUAAAUAUAUAAAUACCUCUCUCUAUAUAUAUAUCCAGUUUGAAUCAUACAACUUGUAAAAAAAUCUCAUCUUUUUUUUUUUGGGAGAGAGAUAAGCUCUCUUAUUUCCAAGAACUAGCUCUGUAGCUAUGGAUAAGUGUCGGCAGAAGCAGAUCAAGAUUCGGAAAUACCCUCUGUGUGAAGAGGUGAGCAGUAUUGAAUGGGAGUUUGUGAACAUGACUGAUCAAGAAGAAGACAUCAUCAACAGAAUGCACAAGCUUGUUGGGGACAGGUGGGGUUUGAUAGCUGGGAGACUUCCUGGGAGGAAAGCUGAGGAGAUUGAGAGAUUUUGGUUGAUGAGAAAUAGUGACAAUUUUACAGAUAAAAGAAAGGAAUAUCAUAGGAGACAAAAGUCUUGAGAUCUUUAUUACUUAUUCCUUUUAUCUCUUAUUUAUGUCGUCGCAUUAAUAGUGGCUUAUUUAAUGGCUUAUUUUAAAAGAGAAAACCGUUUUCCCUCACAAAAAAUUGUGAGUUCCACCACUUUCUAUAUAUAAUUUUUACCCUUUAAUUAAUUUUCUUCUUGAUAAUCGUGUUCAAAAGUCUAGAAUCGUGAUUAGUGGGACGGAGAGAGUAUAUUUAAGCUAUUUAAUGUGUACUUUGUCAUAUUAGAAGGGGUGGUAGUGGGUACAGGUGUUUUGGGGCUAUUUUUCUAUUCCCCUUUUGUUGUUUUGUUGAAUUAUUAUUAUGAUUCUUGAUGUGUCUACCUAGUGCAAGAAUCUUAGUGAGAUUGAUGAGUGCCCAAUGUUUGUAUGUUGCUGGUUUUCAUGAAAGUUGCAUAUGAAUUAAAUUGCAAGUUGUAAGCCUUGCAUAUAUUUGAGCAA